AUGAAACGCUCACGAGAGGACGAAGAGGAGCCAUUCGCCGCCGACAACGACCGUAAUAGCCCGGCGGUUAGUCUCGAUGAAGGAGGGAGUCGGGCGACCAAGAUUGCAGAGCUAGAAACUUCCGCCGUGUCCUCGGAGGAUUUCGCCAUGAGAUGUUCACUGCCGCCUCAUCGAGAUGCCAUCGCGUUCAAGUCGUAUGAUGAGUAUGAGGCGCAUUACAUCAAGACGCACACGAAUCGAUGUCUGGAAUGCGGGAGAAACCUGCCGUCGGAGCAUCUGCUUAACGUGCAUCAUGAAGAGUGUCACGACUCCUUUGCGGCCGUAAAGCGGGAAAGGGGCGAGCAUACGUACUCCUGCUUCGUCGAGGGCUGCGAGAGAAAGUGCAUGACCCCGCAGAAGCGCCGCAUGCACCUCAUCGACAAGCACAUGUAUCCCAAAAACUUCUUCUUCGCGGUGACGAAAGAGGGGAUUGAUGGACGACGCUCACUGCUCGUAGAGGGAGGACAUCAUCGACGGAAAUCAUCCACCGCGGUCGCCAGCAAGGAGUCGAAGCGCAAAUCAAGCAUCUUGGAAUCGUCUUCAACGCAAGGUGAGACUAAGAUGGAAGUGGACGAGAAGAAGGGUGGCAAGGAGGCUCGGGCAGCAUCGUCCUCGGGGCAAGCGACACAGCCAACAACGCAACCGGACCCGACAGAACGUCCAGAUACGGACAUGGAAGACCUGGCAGGCGCAAUGUCGGCGUUGCAAUUCGUUCCGAACAGCGUGCGGUUUGGACGAGGCGGCGGGCGAGCAGGAUUUGCAAAACGAUGA